UGGCUCGACCACAAUGAGCCGCGACCAAUCAGAAGAAGUUGCGCAGGAUCCUCGCGCUUUGGCAGUUAGAGCGCUCCGUUCGCUGGCGCCCUUCCCCCACCCUCACCUCUCGCGCUCCCUUCUCCCCCCUCCCCCGGCGGCCUUUGAAGUCGGCGGUUGGGCGCGGGGCAUCUCAGCUCCCGGCCCCCAUUGCUUUGAUCUGUCGGCGCGGUCGGUGUUGAUCCCGGCACCAUGAGUGGGGACGGUGGGCGCGGGGACCCACCAGCCCCGGCUCCUAAGCAGCGGCGCUUAGAUCCAGCUUGCCAACUGCAGAAGGAAACUGAGGCCGCCCAAGCGCUGGCUGACAUGACGGCUUGGGGCGGCGGGAGCCUUGAAACCGCCAACCAGCAGGAGGCGCGCGACAGCCCUGCGGCGGAGGCGAAGGGGGGCCUGGAAACGCCUGGCCGGCAGGGGGCGCGCGGCCGUCCCGCUCGAGGGGAAGAGUCCGCGGGGGGCUCCGAAACCGACGGCGCGGCGAAAGGGGCCCCCGAAACAGCCGCUCGGGAGGAGAGCGGGGAUGGCCGCGAGGGUCGGAGGAAGAGGAAGGAGGCCCGGGAAAGGCGGAGGGCGGCCGAAGAGGAGUGCUCGGUUAUCUCCGUGGGCGAGGAGGAGGACGAUGACGAAGACGAGGAGGAGGGCGAGGGCGGAGGAAGGCCCCAGCCCCCUCGCAAAACGGAGCAGUAUUUGGAGGCGCUGGAGGCCGUGCAACUGGAACUGGAGGCCGUGAACCAGCAGGCCAGCCGCACCUUCUCCCGCCUCAAGGCCAAGUUCGGCCACAUGCGGCGCCCGCACCUGGAGCGACGAAACCGCAUCAUCCAGAACAUCCCGGGCUUCUGGGUCACCGCCUUUCUCAACCAUCCCCAGCUUUCAGCCAUGAUCAAUGACCGGGAUGAGGACACCCUGAGCUACAUGACCAAUCUGCAGGUUGAAGAUUUCACCCAUGCGAAGUCAGGCUGCAAGAUCAAAUUCUACUUCAACAGCAACCCCUACUUCCAGAACGAAGUCAUUGUGAAGGAGUUCCAGUGUGGUUCCUCUGGGAGACUGGUUUCCCAUUCUACCCCCAUCCGCUGGUGGCGUGGCCAGGACCCAUUGGCUCAUGGUCGGAAGAAUUUUGAGAUGGGCCGCAGCUUCUUCAGCUGGUUCUGUGACCACAGCUUCCCAGCAGGAGACCGCAUUGCUGAGAUCAUUAAAGAGGAUCUCUGGCCCAAUCCGUUGCAAUACUACCUGAUGGGCGAAGGUGGAGAAAAUGGUGAAGAAGACAGUGAGACAGAAAAUGGUGACGACUUCGUAGUGAUUGUGGAUGAUGAUGGUGAUGAUGGUGAAGACGAGGAGGAAGAGGAAGAAGAUGUACAUGAGAUCAUGGAUGAGGAGGAGUGUGGACAAGGCAAAGCUGUAGAAGAGGUCCUUAGUGAACCAGAAGAUGAUGGUGCUGGUGCUAAAUCGUCUGUCUCUGAGAAACUACAUGAGAAAGAUUCUGAGGUGGAAGAAGAUGGCUAGAUCAUCAUGGAGAGACAGUGUGUCUGACUGGACUUUCCCACAGUGACCUCAGUGGCACUUUGUCCCUGACCAAUUGCACUUGGAUAUGGCAGGAUGUUGUGGUGACGGUGCAAGAUUUUAGGAGCAGUCACAUAGAGUAUUUUCUGUCCUCUUAUUUAUUGCAGCGACUGCAUUUUUUCUGCCUUUUGGGGGCAGAAAGCCACCACACUUCAGCACCCACCAUUUAAUUGUCUGAUGCUUAGCAUCUCUGCCUGCCUGCCUGCUUGCCUGCAUAUGGGGGCUAUAUGCAUAUAUGCCCUGUCCCCUGAUGGCUACUCAGGGUAUUGCCUGCCCAGUGGCCUUUUCAAAUCAGCUCAGGGUUCCCUUCCAUUCAGCAUUAUUAAGCUGCUGAUUUUCGCACUUCCCUGCACUUCUGUCUCUGAAUUUUUAACUCACCCUGUAGAUACUUCAAAUUUAGAUAGUCUGUUGGAGGCCAGUUAGUACCUCUGGCUCUCAAAACAUCCCAGCCUUCUCUCCCUGUUCAACUAGUAAAGCCUGGCCAUUUUGGGACUCAUCUGUCGCCAGCAUUCUGCCAAUUUAAAUGGAUUUAAAAUAGUUCCUGCUGGUCCAGAUGAUGGCCUCGCACCUGUUGGCUUAGUUGAAGCAAUAAUAGCUCUCUGGUUGCACAGUAGUCUGCUUGGGGUUAUUGUGUGAGGAGACUGGCUGAGGUGCUUCCCCCAGUGUGGUGGUGAGACAUUUCUUGGAACAAUACAACACCAAGGACAUGUGGGCUUUUACAACCCUUUCUGCUCUAUGUAUAAAUGGAUAGCAACGUUUGUAAUACAUCAUCCCCAGUUGGAUUCCUUCCUUGUCCUCUUUACCCUAUAGAGGCUGUUCUAUGCAAUGCUACUGAUAUUUGUAGAAAAGCAACUGUUUUCCUUGGCUGAAAUUUUUUGUAUAUUUCGUAUCAGGACUUUGUAUGGUUUUUUUUUUACUACAAAAAGUACUUAAUAUACAGAGAGCUUUCCAAUGUGGCGUGAGGCUCCUUUUUUGGGAGGUCUAGACCUAUAGCUGUUCAUAUUCUAUGUUCAGAAUAUAGUAUAUAAAUAAUUGUUACUCUGAUUUGUUCUGCACUAUCCACUGAUGUUCUUUGUAUGUUUGUAUUCUGGAAAAGAGGGGUGGGUAGAACAGGAGGAACCUAAAGAAAUGUAACAUGAAGAAUGGGCUUAUAAAAUCAUGACAGGGAGAGGUAAGCUUUUCACAGUGUCCAGCCACUUCACAAGUCAUCCCAAAAAUUCCCACACUUGCUGAAAUUCAAACAAUUUUGGAGAUUUGUUGUAAGACCUUUAUGGAGAAAAUUCUUUGAAAUGUAUGUACCAGAUCCUCUUAACAGGGUCUCACUGCUUUUUGAAUUUGGAUUUUAGAAUGGAUUGGAAGUUGACUGGUGUUAACUUUGGAUCUGCCAGAACUAAAAGUAUGUGAACUAUACAACUGGUAGGUACUACAGUUAAAGCCAGUCAUGUGUAGAGAAUACCAUAUUUUCUCAAGUCUAGUGUACAUCUUUUUUUGGCUAAAAUACACGGCCAAAAUGAGGGUGUAUUUAGUAUUACGAUAAUCUAAGUGCUGAGGCAAAGUUAAAGGGGAAGUUGCUUCAGAAGUGCCAUGAGGCUUGCAAACAUGCACCAGCCAUUGGGAAAAGAGGAAAAAACAAGAGGAAAAAGCUACUUUUAAAAGAUUUUCUGCCUCCUAUUUCCAAGUUUAGAUUGCUACUGAAGCCAAAUAGAGGGCUGGGAGGCGGGGAAGGAGCCCAGCCAAGAGGGGAGAGGGAGAGGAGAAGAGGCAGCAGCUGUUGCCAGACAGGGCCCGCAGAGUGGUUUUUUCCAGCUUCUUCACCUGAAAUAUAAUUUACCCUAACUGGUACUCAUUGAGGAUCUCCCUUUUAAAUAUUAAUUAGCACCAACCCUGUUUAGUUUCAAUGAUCAGGACGUUCCUUGUCCUGCUUAAAAACCUACAGAGUUCUGGCGCUUGUAGUUGAGUGAGCUCCAGGACUUCUCUUGCUGAGAAUGGGAAAAGCUGCUGUCUAAACUACAAGCCCCAGAAUCCUGCAGGCAGCCACAGGAUUGAAAGCAGACACAGACUCUAAAUCAGUGGUUCUCAACCUGUGCGUCCCCAGAUGCUUUGGCCUUCAAUUCCCUGAAAUUCUAACAGCUGGUAAAUUGGCUGGGAUUUCUGAGAGUUAUAGGCCAAAACGUAGGGAGCCACAGGUUGAGAACCACUGCUCUAAAUCCUAUUUUUUUAGUUACUGCCUUUGGCAUAUUUAGUCCCCAUAAUCCCUUCCAGUAAAUUAGGGGAAUAUUCCAUGAGAUUUGCUUGUGAUUCCCUUUUGCCUUUCUAAAUAGAUUUUUGGACUAAAUCCUAGCCCUCCUAAGAUGCAGCUACAAUGCAGAAUUACUGCGGUUUGACACCACUUUUUAAUUGCAAUGGCUCAGCACUAUGCAAUCCUAAAAAUUGUAGUUUGGUGAGGCACCAGCAUUCUUUAGCAGAGAAGACUGACAACCUUGUAAACUAGUAUCCCCAUGAUUCCAUAGCAUUGAACCAUAGCAGUGAAAGUGGUGUCAGGCUGCAUUAAUUCCAGUGUAGAUUAACCCAAGGACUUCGGAAUCACCUAGGAUGCCCUGAUACUGUAAACAUUUGAUAACACUAAGAAUACUAUUGUUCAUUGUAUGGAAUCCUGGGAUUUGCAGUUUGUGGAGGUGACAAGCCUCUUUAGUAAAAAAUGCUAAAGAGCUUGUAGAACUACACUUCCCAGGAUUCCAUAGCAUUGAGCCAAGGGAAUUAAAGUGUCAAGCUGCAUUCAUUCUACAGCAGUGAUUCCCAUAGUGGGCGCUACUGCCCCCUGGUGGGCGCUGGAGCGAUCCAGGGUGGUGGUGAUGGCACCUAGUAGGAAACGGGGGUGGGGCCAGAGGAGGGACGAGGCCUCUUCCCAAGAGCCGAGACAGGGCUGAGAAUCUAUAUCUCUCCUGAGGUCUUGUUGGGACACAGAGGGCAGAGCUAGAGAACGAGACGGAGUCUCCUUCCAAGAGCACGAGACAGGGCUGAGCCUCUGUAUACCUCCCCUGAGGCGCUUGUUAGAACACGGGGGCGGGGUAUAAAGGUUCAGCCCUUUCAGGCACUUGGGAAGAGGCCCUGCCCCCUCCUCUAGCCCUGCCUCCUGUGUCCUGGCAGGCGCUGCAGGACAGGGAUAGAAGCUCAGCCCUGCCUCAGAGUUCAUAACUCCGCCCAUCCCAGUCCUGGCUGCCCAUUUGUGGCCCCGCCCACCUCCCCCUCCCAGCCCUGCAUCUUGGACUAGGGGAGAGGUUCAGCCCGCCCACUUGAGCAGGAGCCACACCCACCCCUCUAAGCCACGCCCCCCUUUCCAGGGGGCACUGAGUCAUAUUUUUUCUGAAAAGGGGGUGGCAGGUCCAAUAAGUUUGGGAACCACUGUUCUACAGCAUAGAUUCACCCAAGGAAGCUGAGGAAGGAUAAACAGGCUCCUUGAGGGAAAAGUUACCUAUUUCUCUGGUUUUCUUUUAAAUUGCUGAAAGAUUUGGCGUCCUAACACUUUUUUAAAGAAGCAAUUCUAAGCAGGCAGCAACUAUAAUGCACAUCUUUUUUGGCCAAAUUUCAGAGUGCACCUUUUGCAGCUGCACAUUACAUUUGGCAGCAAAUAUGGUGUUUGUUUUUUUUGUUUCAGAGAUUUGAACAUUGAGGUGUGCAUUACAUUUGAUAGUGCAUUAGAUCUGAGUAAACACGGGUAUAUGUGGACAGGAACAAAAGGUUGUAGUUGCUACUAAAUGUUAACUUUUCAUUGCUGGAUGCAGGUGAAUUUCUGUGUAGCUUGCUACUAGUUUUAUGAAAAAAUGCAUGUUACACUUAGGAAUGAAGACACGUGUUUGAAUAAUUUAGAGUGAUUUUUCUUAGCUUAGCCUUUUUUAACAUGCUAGCUUUUCAAGAUUUUUAGUGUGGGAAAGACUUUAAACUUACUAACUUUUAUGUGAUCUGAAGUGACGUGCUACCAGAAUAAUUUUUACAUGUUUUCUUUUAUCUUAUUGUUAAGAAUAUUCAACUAGAUCUUAGAAAACAUUAAUUUGACUAUGUAGUCUGCUAACUCAAAAUAUGUAAUAUCUUCUGGUAUACUUUUCCAACAUGGUUGCUUAGAAAUUAGAACUACAGGAACAUAAUAUCCUUUUAACCCUUGCUUUUCCUGAGAAUUAUUAUGUUGUGCAGGAAUCUGGUAAAUAUCUCCUGUUUCAGCGUUUCAGUCUCAGUUUUCGCCAUAUAUCUUCCACUUGUCAGUCAGUUAUCACUUGUAAUGUCUAUUGAUAAAAUACAUAUACUUUGGAGAAUAUGUUAGAAAGUAAGAGGACACUUAAUUCACACCGUUAGAGAACAACCUGAUGAAAGUGGAUUUGUUAAAAGAUCCUGUGUUUCGUCUGGAAAUGUUAAUUUUGACCUUCACUCACCACUAUGUCUGAAAAGUAAAGUUGCUUUGAUGAUUUAAAAAGCUUCAAGGUUAAAUAGGACAAGCUAUACAACAUUAGUAAAGGAUGCAGCUAAUUUAGAAUAUGGUGUGAUGUAGUGGUUUGAAUGUUAGACUAAGAAACUGGGAGCCCAGGGUUCAAAACAUCUCUUAGCCAUGGAAACCUGCUGAGUGAUGAUGGACAACUCAUACUCUCUCAGCCGCAGUGGAAGGCAAAGGCAAAUAUUCUCUGAACAAAUUCUGACAAGAAAACUUUGUGAUAGGGUUACCUGAGGGCAGAGGUGUUAAACGUGUGGCCCUCCAGGUAUUUUUGAACUCCAGCUCCUGGCCAUUGGACAUGCUCAUUCAGGCUUCUGAGAGUUGGAGGACCAAAUAGCUGAUGAGCCACAAGUUUGACAUCUGUGCCUUAGUCAGAAAUGACUUGAAGACACGCAACAAGUGCAUAUCAUGAUCUAACUGGGUGCUGUCAGCAAAUUCAAUUAUCUAGAAACCAAUAAUUGAGGCUUGGGUUCUUGCUUCCCAGAGGCAAAGUGUCUUUUUUCCCUCUUUUGCCAAACAAGAAAGUAACACAGAGGAGAAGGAAGUGGAUCACAUACAGCCGACCUUUCUUUUCAACCUGUAGUACUAAUAACAUCUAAAAACAAAUAGCCUGAUGCAAUUUUAAAAGAGGCAUGCUCAAUCUCUUGUGAUCAGAGACUUUUUACAAAUGUGUUAAAGCUGUAACAGAAUAUCCAAGGACUUAAGUACUGAUCUCUAGAAUUGAACAGAUGCCCUCCACAUAUGAGAAGUUACAUUUUGAAAUGGACACUGGCUUUGCAAUAAUAUAAAGUAAUACCUUUCAGUUUCUAUUAAGUCUAACACUUGUGGUUCUGUUGAGGAGAAUGUAAUGAAAGCUUAUAUCUUUUUCAAAUUUGCACAAAGCAUCCAGAUACUGUAUUAGUAAUUCAACUGCAACAAAAUACUUAUGGUUAUCACUAAUUAUCAGUCAGUCUAACUCACCCACUCCUACAAAACAUAUGAAGUGAAUACUGUCCAUAAAGAUUUUACAUAUUAACAAAUGACCAGGAAGGCGACACAAAUAUGGCAGAGCUUUCCAAACUGUGUGUCAUGACAGGUUUGUGUGUGGGCUGCAGUGUGUGUGUCAAACGAAUGUAAUGAGAAAUUACAAAAGUCUUAGAAAUGUUUGUUAUAUUACAAGUCAAAAAUAUAAAUGAAAGGUUUUCAUAAGA